GCCUCAAUUGCCCCAAACGGAUUCGGAAAAGCAAAAAAUUAAAUCCCAAUUCUUAGAAAUGAUCCAAAGUUCACGUUACGAAAUCCGCACAGACGACAUUUACAUCACCCGAUGGCUCACAAUUCUCGAUUGGAACCCAACAGCUGCCUUCAAACGCCUCACGCGUUAUCACAAAUUCCGCAAAGAACAUCCCGACUGGCAUUUCACGCGCCAUGUCUCUGCCUACGAUCAACUUUUAAAACGAAAUAUCGCCGUUAUGCUCCCGCAUCGCGACAAACAUGGACGACGCGUUUAUCUCAUGCACGCCAGCAAAAUGGACACUUCCGAGGUAACGAUCGAAGAAAUGGGCCAAAUUGACACAAUCUGGUUCGAAAGUAUCUUGGAUGAAGCAGAAACGCAACAAAAUGGCGUCACGAUCAUCAUCGACAUGAAAGACGUUAAAUGGCGCCUUUUCAAAUGGCUUACGCCGCAAAACUCGUAUUACUCGUCGGUAUUUGCGGAAGUUGCUCCCGUCAAGGCGUACGACAUCCAUCUCGUGAACACCUCGAAUUUCGUCUAUAAAUUCAUGAAAAUUGUCAUGCCCUUCAUGAUGAAAGGCGUUUUGCGGAAGAUGAAUUUCCACAGUAGCGAUUUAAGGACUUUGCACGAGGCUUUGGGAAGAGACUGCUUGCCGCCGCAAUAUGGAGGCCCGGCGGAAAAUGCGAUAAAUUACGACGAGUUGCGGAGAAAGUUGUACAAAACGUUGGAAGAAAAGGAAAAACUGAUCCUCGCAAUUUCUUCGUAG